UCAUCUCCCCCUCCCUCUCCCCCUCCCUCUCCCUCCAUUUCUCCACAAGAUCGUCGCUUUCGCCGCGGAUUCCGGCGACAUGGCCAGCAAGACCUCGUCGGCGGCGGCGAAGGGCGCCACCCCCGCCGGCAGCGCGGCGCCCCCGCCCCCACCGGUGGUGGAGAAGCGGAAGCCGGUCUUCACCAAGGUCGAUCGCCUCCAGCCCGGGACGAACGGCCACACCCUGACCGUGAAGGUGGUCAGCUCCAGGGGCGUGGCGGUCAACGCCAGGGCCAACCGGCCGUCGUCGAAUGCCGUGCUCUCCCGCCCGCCCCCGCGCAACACCCGCAUCGCCGAGUGCCUCGUCGGGGACGAGACCGGCUCCAUCGUCUUCACCGCUCGCAACGAGCAAGUUGAUAUGAUGAAGCCAGGCACCACUGUGAUUCUUCGUAAUGCGAAAAUCGACAUGUUUAAGGGGACUAUGAGGCUGGCAGUUGACAAAUGGGGGCGUGUUGAAGUCACCGAACCUGCCAGUUUCGAAGUUAAGGAGGACAAUAAUCUGUCUUUGGUCGAGUAUGAACUUGUCAAUGUUACUGAAGAGUGAUUCGGCAUCUGUGGAGGUGAAUAUAAGGGAGGCAUUAGAGGCUUGAGAUUGUUUUUCCCUGGCCAUCAAGAGUUCGUUGGGAAUGGUUAUGAUGAAUGUCCUGCACAAUAGGUUUCCUGGAUAAGCUUUUGGGGAUAUUGCUAUGCUUGGUGUAAAAGAUGGAAGUUUGACUGGGUAACUCAUUGGAUUUCCGAAAAAAAAAAAAGUUACGUGGUUAAAUAUCGUUCUAUGCUGUCGUGACGUUGAAUUUAGACGAAUUAAGUGGUGGUAUCAGUUACGUGGAGAGCUGGUCUGUCCUUUUUCUUUUACUCCUUAAGUGACUCUGUUUAUAAAAUGAUGCUUUUGUGCA